GCCGUAUUGGCUCAACUGCGCUUCGGCGCUUUGGAACCGGCUCCCAGCCUUCCCGAGGCGUUCUUGGCGACGGGCCCCUCUUCCGCGCCUGCUGCGCCGCCGGAGAGUCCCGACCGAUGCGGAGCGACUGCAGUCGUGCAGCUGUUUGACGCGCUGCUGGUCGCGACCCUGCCCUGCUGCGGCCGCCGCUGCACGGCCUGCGGGGCGGCCUGCUGGCUUUUUUUCCGCGUGGCCGCCGGAGGCCGCUUUGCGCGUGGAGCCGCCGCGGCAGCCAGUGGUGGAGAAGGACAUCGCGGCUCUCCGCGCGGACUCCGUGGCUCUGCGCGCGGCGCUGGGGCGGCAGGUCGCGCCGACGCUGGAGCAGCUCUGGCGGAGGCGUGGCCCCCGCUGCUGCCGCCCCGCCCCCUCCAGCGGAACAGCAGCCGAGCGACGGCUGCGACGACGGCGCGUGCGGGUUCGAGUACGGCACCCUCGGCUUGGAGGCGCAAUUCGUCGAGGCGGUGCCGUCGUGCGGCUGGAAGCAGGCUGGCAUGCAGGGCUCCCCUUGGCUCGCCGCCGCUGCAACCCGCAUGCAAUGCCGUGCGCGCCGAUGGCUGGCGCGGAGGCGGUCGCGCAAAUCCGCUUGUCGUCGGCUGAGGGGCAGACCGGUGCGCCGGCCGCGGUCCCCGAUGGG